UUCCACUAAGGUUCUUCAAUCAAGAAUGACUAUCACAUUUUACCUCACAACCAAAUAACCAUCUCCUCCUCAUCUCGGGGAAAAGCCAAAGUUCCAUGAUCAUGAUGCAGCCUCUUGCUCUCAACUGUAAGCCCUUUUAUCCCCUUCAAGAAUUUUUUUCCCCUUCUUUCAAUUGAACUGAAUUGUGGGUUGAGCUUGCCUUUUUUUUUUUUUUUGCCCCGUUUGCAUUUUGUCCCAAUUAUAUACUACCAUUAUUAUCAUUCUUCUUGUUUUCUUUUCUUGUGUUUCAUUUCUUAGCCACUUUUACUCUAUACCCUCUAGUUCCCUUGCAUUUGCUGGAAAAUGUUCAUUAAGAAAAGUUCUGUUUUUGGUUAAUAAUUAUUUCCCCAUUUUUACCUUUACCGAAUAUUGGGCGAGCUCUUAGUGAGGAGUUGUUAAUUCAAGUUUUGAAGAUUAUAUUUAUUCCAUUCCUAACAUCAUGAAGGACCACUUGAUAAGAACUUUUGUGUGGACUGCUCGGGAUAAUCAAGAUCCUGAUAAGUUUGUAUUUAGUCGGAAAGAUAGUAGGAAAGCUCUUGCUCGUAGCUUAAUUUGUGAUGAACAGACUCCAAGCGAUGUUCAGAGGGAAAAGUUUAGGAUUUUCAUGUCCCUGGCAUGUCCUUCUUUUCGGAUACCAUCGUGUUCGACGGUUAAUCGGGACUGCUAUGAACUUUUUGAGGAGGAGAAGACAAAGUUAAAGAGCAUCUUGUGUAAUAAAAGGGUUAGUCUUUCUGUGGAUGCAUGGACAUCUGAGCAGGAAACUACUUAUUUAUGUGUCAAAGCCCAUUUUCUAGAUUCCAAAUGGAAACUGCAAAAAAAUGUGUUAGAGUUUUGUCCGAUAUCUGAUCAUAGUGCAGGGGCCAUAGGAAAGGCAGUUGAGAAGUGCUUACUUGAUUGGGGAAUAGAUAAGAUAUUUGCUAUAACUGUGGAGGACUCGCAGUCAAAUGAUGUUGCCAUUCAUAACUUGAAAACAAGAUUCUCUAAUUCAGAGAACAGUUUGCUUGGUGGCAAGUAUCUUCAUCUAAGAUACAUUGAUAAUGUGAUCAAAAUUAUGGCUUCUGACAGCUUGCAAGAAAUAGGUGAAUCAGUUGCUCGCAUUCGGGAAAUGGUCCACUCUAUUGUGCUUUCUCCUGCUAGGUUGAUAAAGUUUAAAGAAUGUGUGGAAUUAGAGAAAAUAGGCAACAAGAGAAUGCUAUGCAUGGAUGUCCCCACCAACUGGAUCUCCACCUUUUUUAUGUUGGAUACAGCCCAAAAGCUCCAAAAAGCCUUUGAGAAGUUUCAGGAAUCAGAUCCUCAUUGUAAAAGUGAAACUAGGGGUGCUGGUAUGCCUAACAGAGAUGAUUGGCAAAAGGUCGAGUGGUUUAUCCAGAUAUUGAGGCACCUGUAUGGGCUAACAUUGCAUCUUUCAUGCUCUAGACAUGUCACAACAAACACAAUCUUUGCUCGGUUGUUUGAGGUUCAUCAUCUCUUGAGUGAAUGGCAAGACAGUACUGAAAUGGGCAUCAGUUCGAUGGCUAGGAGAUUGAGGGAAAAAUAUACAAACUAUUGGGGAAAAUAUAAAGAGAUGAAUUUGGUAAUCUACCUUGCCCUUAUCCUUGAUCCUCGAUACAAGUUGGAAAUUCUUGAAUCUUUACCUUCAGAAUUACAUUUGACUCCAGAAAUGGGAGAAAUUGCGAGAGAGGCUGCUUUUACCUUGUUUGAUGAAUAUAAAAGAUUAUAUGUACCUGAAAAGUCAUCUUCUAGCGAGAAAGAACCUGAAUCAGGUGUAAGAUCUUUUCGCAGUGACUUUGAGAAGUAUAUGAUUCAAAAGAAAAGGGAGGAAGCUCUUGCUGCUUUUGCUGAUGGAAAAUCAGAUUUGGAGAGGUAUCUGGAUGAACCUACUGAACAAGAUUGGGAUUAUUUUGAUGUUUUGGGUUGGUGGAAGGGCAAUAAUCAUAGAUUCCCCAUUCUCUCAAAUAUGGCUCGUGAUCUGUUAGUUGUUCCCGUCUCCAGAGCUGCUCUGGAAUCUAAAUUUAGCAGAGCAGGUUAUAUUCGUGAUUCAUUUAGUGGAAAGGGUUCUAAGAUGUUGCAGGUGCUUUUAUCCACUAAAAGUUGGCUUCUCCCCCCACAUUCUUCCAGCUGUGUUGAAGAUGAUGUUCAAAACCUUGAAGAAGCAGAAAGGAUUUGACAGAUUUUGCUGUGAAACCAACUAUUUUGGACAAUUGACUUUUAGAGUUAGAGAUACUUCGAAGUCUUGAAGACUGGCUGUUAAUGUCAAGGGGCUUAUGGCUUAUUACUGGAUUUGAUUCAAGGCAAAUCAUGUUUCUGCUACAAUGCAUUGCAGUUUUAACAUUCUAUUUUACGUCAAUAUUUAUGCCUAUACUGUUUUUUGGGGAUAUUUUAGUCUAAAUUUUUGUUUUACAAAC